AGUUGUGCUCUAACUUUCAUUUUUAUGGCGAUUGUUCGAAACUUCCAUUUUCUUUCGUUAGGUCAUGCUUGACUCAGCAUUUACAUCCUGAGCCCACAUCUAUUAAUUCUACAUGCGAAUUUUAUAAAACCUCUCAUGUAAUGGACUUGACGUGUGAACCAUUGGCCCCAUUACGACAAAAUCAGGAAAGAUUCAGGAGUCCAGAUAUUUCCCGAAGACCAUUGGGAGGAGAAGCUUUGGCUGCUUACACAGUCAAAAAGUCACGUCGUGCUAAGUCAACGGAACCUACUGCUCUUGAUACCAACGUUCCACUUGUGAAAUGUUCUAACGAAGAGGAAAAAGUAAAGGAAGUUCUAAACGAUGAAAGUAUGGACAAACGGUGGUCCUUAAUAGCCAAAAACUACGAAAAUAUGUCGAAGCAAGAGAUCAUGAAUAACUACAGAUUACUCAUGAGCGAAAAGCUACGAUUGGAAAGGUUUCUGUCCAUAAUGACCAAGAAUAAUGAGAUGGCUCGCAAUCGCUUGGAAUCCGACCUAUUAGAUGCCAUGAUGUGCAUAGAAGACCUAAAACAAGCUCUUGAGAUUCGUUUGGCACGACGACGAAAAAUUGUAAGUUGAGAAAAUUGCAUUUGAUUUAUGUUUAUAUUGUGUUUUAUAAAUGUAAUAAUAUUUUUCAGUAUUUAUAAUGUCUAAAAUAGGAAUCUUUAUCUUAAAUAAUAUUCAAACUUUUCUUACAACUUAAUGUUUUAAGGCGUGAAUAUAUAAACACAUUUGUUUCAGUUAUUAUAAACAAGUUAAGAUAUAUUUAGCUUGUGUAGUACCGUUUUCAUUACUCAGAAUGGAAUUUAAUAUAAUGGUUAUGUUGAAUCAUUUUUUCAAUAAUGUUAUUGAUACAUGAAAUCAUCUAGCCGAAAAUAAGAAAGGUGUUAUUUUUAUUAACUUCAUCUCAUCAUAUUUCCUAUCUUUAUAUCCAUGAGAAGUAUCAAAAUUUAAUCGAAUUACCAGCUAACUUUAGUUAGAUAAAUAAAUUCUUCGGAAAAAGUACCGACCAGGUCUACUACAAUGAAUGCUGAUACAAUUUAAAAGUAAUAUCUCUGAAUUGGUUUACUCAGUUCUCUUAUCUGCAAAUGUCUAUGUAGAUGGAUUAAUUUUCUUUAUAAAUAAUGCACAUAUAAUGACUUCUCUAUACUCGGCGCCCAUUUUCUGUCAAACUAUUCGUUCUAAUCUUGACGAAUAUUCGUAUAAAUAUGAGUACAGUUUUAAAAAAGAAAAAAAGAAA